AUGAAUUCAGGUGACAAAGAUUCGUCUUGGUUGAAAUGCCAGUGGAACGGCGAUCCGGGAGGAUGGGCAGAUUUCUUACGAUGCGUCCGUCUCGCAUUCGAGAAGACCUCGAGACGGAAGCGUCAUCUGCUGGGUCCUGAGAUAGUGGGCCAGCUCAGUGGCCGCGCAUGGGUGGUGACUCAAGAACUUGAUCAUCGUCAGCUUGUUCGUCGUGAUGGUGUUGUGUAUUUGAUCGAAUUCCUUAGAGAUCGACUUUGCAAAACGCCGAUUCCUGAUGUGGGGCUUCGCCUCGAACAACUCAUGAUCCGCUUGAGGCGCCACCCUGGCACGAGCAUGGCGACAUGGGCAACCCAGCUCAGAGAUGCUUAUCGUCAGCUUCAGCUUGCCCUUGCAAGAGCCCGGAAAGGACCCAGAGCUAUCUCCUCUCCUUCGCCGACCAGCACUCCUACCAAGACCCGCUCUUCGCGUCGUACCAGUCAAGGAACCUUGGAGGAGCCGCAUGCUGAAGAACCAACCGAAGGAGAACAAGAUGAAACGGAGACGCUGCCAGGAGCUCCCGACGAUGAAGAGCUCCGUCGCGAUGAAGAAGGGCUUUCCUCCUCUCCAGCGUCAAGGACUUCUGAGUCUCGACCGCCUCGACGGAAGCGCCGAGACAGUGACAGCGAUGACAGCGUAAAGGCCCUUGCUGACCUGGAAAUCUGGAGCCGCUACGAGGAGAAGUUAGAGGAAGUCUUGCCCUCGGAGCUCCUCGGAUGGUUGUUGCUGCGGCGAGCGGGCUUGAGUGCCCAAGCUCGCUUGAGUGUCCAGGCGGCUUCUGGCAACUCGCUGAAGCUCGAUCGAGUCGAGGGGGCGCUUCGUGGCAUGGAGGACGAGCUGUUGGCUCAGGAGCAAACCAGGACUCCUCAUCCUGCGGGCCGGCGUCGAUCUUUCUGGGUGGAAGAUGAAGGUCACUGGAGUAUUCUGCUCGCUGAUGACGAUGACCUCAGCGAGAGCCUGGAAGGAAUACCCACGCACUAUGUGGGCGACGAGAAUGCCUUCAACGUCUGGGCUGAGGACGAGGAGUACGGAGACGAGAGCUGGACAGGCAGCUCCGAUGGCGCCUACUGGGGCGAUGAGUUGCAUGGCUGGACUCCAGAGGAGGACCCCGCCAACAUCCUCACCGCCGAGGAACUUCAGCAAGUUGAGGAGGCUUACCAGGCAGCGGACUCCAAGCUUCGGACUUUCGUUGAUGCCAGGAAAGCUGUUCGAGCCCGCCAUCUGAGUCGAGGUUUCUAUCCCUUUGCCCCGCAGAACAAAGGAUUUCGCUCCCAAAAGGGAAAAGGAAAGAUGCGUUCCUUCCCGAAGGGCAAGGGCAAAGGAAAGAAAGGGGCUACGCCAACUUCACCUGUGGCCAGCCUGUCGGUGCCUGUGUUGAUGAGUGAGAGUCCGACCUUUGCUGUGAGUCCUGGACAGGCGGGUUACAGUGGGUGUUUCAUUUGCGGCGACAGGAGUCACCAGUUUCGCGACUGCCCCAGGCGCUCGACAAAAGGACCUGCAAAAGGAAGCGGCAAGGUCCACUUCCAUACGGAACCGGAGGUGUACAUGGUGCAGGCCAGCUUCUUCGACUUCCCCGAUGGCUACUACAGCUUCUUCGACUUCCCCGAUGGCUACUACAGCUUCUUCGACUUCCCCGAUGGCUACUACUGCUUCUUCGACUUCUCCGAUGGUUUCCACAGCUACUGCGACUACUCUGGCAAUGUUCCGAUGGUCUAUGAGGACACGACGGUGGACGUGCCAGAUAUGAUCCUGGUCCAAAAGUCAGUGGAAGAAGUAGCGGUCACGAACGCUGCCCCCAAGCGCUUCAAGUUUGGAAACGGGCAUAAAGACUUUGCGUCGGUUGCGGUCAGUCAUCGUGAUAUCCUGGUCAUGGGAGCCGUGGAUCCGAACCGAGGCAUCCAGCUGCAGCGCAGUGUGACAGGUCAUUUGCUGUUAGACUUGAGACAGGUUCCGGUGAAUGCCGAUGCGUUCCGGCUCGAGGAGACGGCAGCGGCGCCACCUUCUUCGAAGAGCACCGACAAGAACGAGGAGCAAUUCGUGACCUCCGGGAAGGAGGCGGCCAAGGCCAAACCGAAGAAAGGGGGCUACAAGUCCCAGCCGCUCGACUGGGACCGCACGGUCGAGAGCGAUCCUCGCGACCCUCGCCACAGUGGCCCUCCAUGCAACGGGGAACAUGUUCCAGCCCGGAUGUUCAAGGGCAGUCCCUCAGGUUCGAACCAGUACGGUCAAUGGAUAGCAUGCGAACGUUGCCUUCUACGCCUGUCUUACACACCACGUGCAGGAUGUCAUGCUCUCCACCGCUCCCCGGGAGCCCUGCCGAAGGACGUCCAGUCGGCGGUCAAGGAGGAGCUGCCCAAUCUGACCACGUUGAAGGACAAAGACAUUGGAUGGGCAGCUGCGGAGAAGAGUGCCGAGGACAACUUGAUGCGUGUGCGUCAGGCUCGAAUGAGCCAACAGGCCGGGCAACGUGGGGCAGUGCCAAAGCGACUUGCCCAGAAGGAACCCGGUCCCAAGGCAACCCCGGCAACCUCAGCACCUCCGACGAGCUCUCCGACUCCCACCUCGCCGACCAGCUCCCUGGGGACGUCAACUGUGGUGGUGGACGUGGAAGAAGUGAUCGAGGGCAUGCAUGCGCAUCCGGGCCGGAAGGCAGUGAAACGCAACGAGGAGGCAGCGGAGGAGAUGAUCGAGAACCUCGCGGCCUCCUACGUGCACGAGCGGGACUACUCCAUGGCGACGAUUGAAAAUUUCCUGAAGCAACUUCGAGCGGCGCAUGCGGUGCCCCAACGAAAGUUCAUGGACAAGAAGACAACCACUUCCUUCGUGGUGAGCUAUGGGUUGUACGCGCAUGGAUCUCAGUGUGGUGUCAUGAACUCCACGUUCCAGAACCCUCAGCUCAGCAAGUACGUCAACCAGUGGCUUCAGGCGUGGGCUCCAUCAUCCGCCCACUGGACUACGUUUUCGAUUGUGUACAACAUGGAGUCCAAGCCUCAUCGAGACCUCCACAACUUGAAAGGACAGCCGAAUUACGUGAUCACUUUCGGCGAGCAUGAGCAUGGAGAGUUGUGGUUGGAAGGAACCUCAGAGGACUCUGCCGCUGGAGGAGUGCGACGCCGUAAGAAGCCGAAUGGAUCCUUAGCCAACGGGCGACUCUUGUCCCCUCACCACCAGGUGAUUUCUUUUGAUGCGGACCAAUGGCAUGCUACCAUGCCCUGGCGAGGAACCCGCAUUGCACUGGCAGCCUACACGGCCCGCUCCUUCCGAGGCUUGGAUCCUGAACUUCGACGUGCUCUACUACAAGUGUCCUUUCCACUGCCACGACCUUCAGCCUCAGCCUUGAGCGUUUGUGAUGAUCAGACCUCACCGACUGAGACUUGUCACUUGUCGGUGGAUGAAAGACAGGCGAUCUUUAAUGACUUCGAGGAGUACCAGGAUCUCCUGCUUGAAAACUUCGAGACCGAAGAUGAUGAUGCUCGACUGUUCGGGCUUGAGAUCUGUUGUGCCACCGCCUCCAAGCUACGUGAUGAACUACAAUCUCGCGGCGAACGGGUGCAAACUCUGGGUUUCGCCGAAGGAGGUGAUUUGGGCACCAACCAUGGAGCCGAGCUGGUGAAGUCCACCAUUCUACGACUUCGACCCCGGUGGUUGAUCUGUCAUGUGCCACUGGGACCAACUCGCAAGAACAAGGAGGAUGAUAUGAGUUCCCCUCCGUGGCGACGCUUCAACAAGGUUGUCCGCCAUCUCCUGGAAACUGCUCAGGUGCAAAUCAACAAUGGAGGAGAGGUCUUGUGGUGCCAGCCGGCUGAAAGUUCAGCUCGCCUCCUGUCGUGCGUCCGUGCCUUCUGGUACCAGCACCAACAGCACGCAGAUGGCCGGGUGAUGAAGUGCGGUGAGACCCACUACAGAUCGACCUCUACCACUCUACUGCAGGGCCUUCCGAGUGUUUCUGAGGCCCCUCCUGACCUGGAGAAGAUGCUGGCUAAGCUCAUGCAGCAGGUGAUCCGGUAUGAGGCCGUGUUCUCCUUUGUCGGUGCAGUGGACAUGUCCGUUCUGGAGGGCAUCUCCUCUAAAGAGCUUGGCGAGCUGAUGGAAAGAGUGCAUCGAUUGCACUCCCGACUGGGACACCCCUCCAACCGACUGUUGGUUAAGAAUCUUCAGGCCAGACAUGCUGACAAAAGGUUGAUUGCUGCUGCCUCUCAACUGAAGUGUGAUGCCUGCCUGGAGAGUCGAAUCAAGGCUCCACGACCUCCUGUGGAUCUGUCAAGAUCCGAUCGCCUCUGGACCGACCUCCAGAUGGAUUUGUUCCAAAUGAAGAUCGAUGACCGGAUCUACCACUUCCUCCUCUUUGUCGAUGAGUGCUCAGGCUAUGCGGUGAUUCGGCUGGUGUUCGACCACUCGGCCCACAAAGGUGGCAAUGCAACCUCGGCACAAGUGUGCCAUCUCUUGGAAGAAGCUUGGACCCAGUAUUUUGGGUUCCCAGAACGAAUCAAGCUGGAUGCUGAGAGUGCACUACGAGGAACUCUUCUUCGAGAUUGGUGCGCCACCCGAGGAGUUGAGCUAGUCCAUGCCCCGGCUGAGCACCAUCAGUUCAUCAGUGAGGUGGAACGAUCAAUUGGAACUUUGCGCCGAAAGAUUGAAACUUUCCUACGAGAACGGCCUGAACACCCUCGUCAGGUGGCUUUGUCAAUGGUGACUUCGCACAACAGCCUGGCCCGAAUACACGGCUUUUCGCCGCUUCAAUGGGCAUUAGGCCGGGAUUUGAGUUUGAGUGGACACGUGAAUGAAGGCACGGGCGAACUUCCUGCUCUUUCCAGUGCUGGAACGCCGGGUGCUGAUCUCCACCAGACUCAACGGAUGCGACUUCGAGCUGCGCAAGCUUUCUUGGAGUUACGACACAAGGAACUCAGUGAUCGAGCAGCCAGGUCAUCUGCAUCUGCCUAUCCUCACUACUUGCCCGGGGACUUGAUCUACUACCGCCGUUACAAGACUCCUCAAGACCUUCCUGCCAACAUGUCAACCGACCAUCCGAGGAUGACGAUAUCUCGCUGGUACGGACCGGCACGGGUCCUGGCCACGGAAUCUCGAGGAGCUCCCGGGGAACGACGGCCAUCUUCACAUCUCUGGGUGAUUGCACAAGGCCGGCUGAAGAAAUGUCAUUACACCCAAGUGCGACCUGCUUCUGAAACUGAGCACCUGGUUGCUCAGCAAUCCUCCGGCACCACGUUUCCAUGGACAAUGUCCAAUUUGACCUCUCUGUUGAACAAGGGUGCCUACGAGGAUCUGACCCGCGAUCGCGCAGUAUAUCCAGAUGAUCUGGAAUUUCCGGAUGAGGAUGACCGCGACGAUGGACCUCUGCCCGGAGCGGAUGAUCAUGUUGGAAAUGGUGACCAAACGACGGAUCUUUUGUCGGAUGAGGAGCUGAUUCCUGCUGCGUCUUCUGCUGCUCGGAAAAGGGAAGGGCCAGAACCUGUGGAAGAAGAAGAGAUGGUUCCUGACAAUGCCGAGAUUGACUUGAAUAAGCUCUUCAAUGACCCCAGCUACAUGCCCUUCCAGCCGAUUCCGGCGUCAGCUCUGGUGUCGCCUUACCCUCGAGAUAGCUUCCGAGAGCAACGAGCCCGGCAUGAACAAGAUGAUCGUCCGUGGCAUGUGCGACGGAACGAGGGUGAGUCGUUGUACCAUGUGACUGAGGAGGCCGACAAAGUCUUCGCGGUGACCAUUGAUGCUCCUGCCGAUGCUCAAGCUUGGAAGAAAAUGGUCAAGCACCCUGAGAAGUUCAUGAGCAAGGCCGUUUCCAAAGGAGUGGAGGUUAGCUGGCAGCGGCUUUCUGCGGAGCAACGAUCCGCAAUGGCGGAGGCCAAGAGCCUCGAAGUCGCUCAGUGGGUUCAACUGAAGGUGUGCAAGCGGGUGGCCGAGCACGUUCCGGAGUCUCAACUCCUGCGGAUGCGAUGGGUCCUGACCUUCAAGGAAGCUGACCCAACGGAAGCUGGAAACCCUCAAGUGAAGGCCAAGGCCAGGAUUGUGAUACUGGGAUACAGUGACCCCGGACUUCUGGAAGACACAACGGCUUCCCCUACGAUGUCAAAGUUGACACGUCAGCUGAUGUUGAACCUAGCCUGCAUACGUCGAUGGGCUAUCUACUCCGCCGACGUACGCACAGCUUUUCUGCAGGCAAGACCUACUGAUCGAGGCCGGCGUCUACUGGCAAAACCGCUCCCGGAGUUGGCCGAGAAGUUGGGGCUCACACCCCAGGAAUGUGUGGAGCUCACUGGCUCAGCCUACGGCUUGGCAACAGCUCCGAAAGAGUGGUUUGCAGAUGUGUCAUCCACUCUCAAGAAAUUAGGAGCUCUACAAUGCCGAACGGACCCCUGUGCAUGGAUUGUACUGGGAGUUGAUGGCGAGGUGGCCGGUGCUCUCGCAAGCCACGUCGAGGUGGCCGGUGCUCUCGCAAGCCACGUCGACGACUUCCUGAUUAUGGGUAGUGCUACGGAUGCCAAUUGGCUUCGUUUCAUUGCUGCCUUCAAGGCGGCAUACAGCUGGGCACCCUGGCAGCAGGGAGAUUUCGUCCAUUGCGGCAUUCGGAUCCUGCAGCACGAGGACGGAUCCAUGACGUUGGACCACUCGGGGUUCUGUGCUGAUCUGGUUCAGAUGGAUCCUGCGGGUCCGGGAGAAACCAUGACCGAGAACCAGGUCCGGCAGGCCAAGGCGAUCCUCGGAUCUGCGCAGUGGCGCGUGACCCAGUCCGCCCCACAUCAUGCCGCGAAGCUGAGCUACCUUCAGACUCUACUGUCCUCCCGUUCAAGUUCCUGUGUGGACCAGAUCAACAAAUUGGUGCGGGAGAUUCAUAACGCCAAGCACAUCUCCAUCUCGGUUCAGAACCUGGGAGACUUUGACCCCAAGACUGCAACGUUCGUGGCCUGGUCGGAUGCCUCUCUGGCUAAUCGGCCUGACGGCACCAGCACAGGCGGACUGUUGGUCGGGAUGAUGAGUCCCAAAUCCAUGGAGCUGGGCCAAGGCAAGAUCAAUGUGAUCAGCUGGCGCAGCUAUAAGCUACCGAGGGUUGCGAGAAGCUCCUUGUCAGCUGAGGCGCAAGCUCUGAGCAACUGUGAACAAGAACUCAUGUAUGCACGCCUGGCUUGGUUCGAAUUGAACGGUGGCAAGGUUGAUGUGAACAAUCCUGCGGCAGGCACGUCUCAGGUGCCCGGUCAUUUGAUCAUCGAUGCUCGGGGCGUGUAUGACACCUUGAUGAAGGCCGAUCCGGGCAUGGCUUCCUUCAAUGUGAAAGACAAGUACACGUCAUUGGAGCUGAUGGGCAUCAGUGAGAACCUGCAGAGCCAAGGAACGAUCCUCAACUGGUGUGACUCCGACCACCAGUUGGCAGAUGGACUGACGAAGUCUGCGAAGCAGGACGUGCUGAAGAAGUUCUUGCUCCAAGGACGUUGGCGACUGCGCCAUCCGGGUGCCUUCAUGAGUGCUAAACGGCGUCGAGUUCUGGAUGGCAACCAACGUUUGGUAACGCCUCGGCAUGUUACACUCCAUCACAGGCUUUUGUAUGUUUCAGCUGCGCAGGAGCUUUUGUGCGGCUCUUCAGAGCCCGACCCUGCAGCUCUCAGAGCAGUGUGUGAAAAGCGAGCCGAGCCGCUCGGAUGCAAUCGCUCAGCGAUUGCAUCCGUCGGAUCUUCAAGCUUCCAGUGUCACUGGUGUUUUGCCAGUGACAACGCCUGGGCCUUUGCUGCAAAGAAAUCGGAUGGGAGUGUGGCUACUUGGGGUGAUUCACGGCACGGUGGGGACUCGAGUUCUGUCAGCAGCCGUUUGACCUCUGGUGUCGACACAAUCUAUUCCACCGAUUCGGCCUUUGCUGCAAGGAAAUCGGAUGGCAGUGUCGUGACUUGGGGUUCUUCCUGUUGCGGCGGGGACUCGAGUUCUGUCAGCAGCCAAUUGACCUCUGGUGUCGACAUGAUCUACUCUACCGCUUCGGCCUUCGCUGCAAAGAAGUCGGAUGGGAGUGUGGUGACUUGGGGUUCUGCUAGCAGUGGCGGAGCCUCGAGUUCUGUCAGCGGUGUCGACACCAUCUACUCCACCCUCUUUGCAUUCGCUGCAAAGAAAUUGGAUGGCAGUGUGGUGACCUGGGGUUCUUCAGAUUGGGGUGGGGACUCGAGUUCUGUCAGCAGCCAAUUGACCUCUGGUGUCGACAUUAUCUACUCCACCUCGUUUGCUUUCGCUGCAAAGAAAUCGGAUGGCCGUGUGGUGACUUGGGGUCGUGCAGAGUCUGGUGGGGACUCGGUUUCUGUAAGCCACUUGACCUCUGGUGUCGGCACUAUCUACUCUAAUUCCAAUGUUUUCGCUGCAAUCAAAUCGGACGGGAGUGUUGUGACCUGGGGUCGUUCAAAGUAUGGUGGGGACUCGAGUUCUGUCAGCAGCUACUUCGCAUGUGGCGUCGACGCCAUCUACUCCACCGGGUGGGCCCUGGCUGCAAAGAGAUCGGAUGGGAGUGUGGUGACUUGGGGUUCUGCAAGCAGUGGCGGGGACUCAAGUUCUGUCAGCAGCCACUUGACCUCUGGCGUCGACACCAUCUACUCCAAUAGUGAGGCCUUUGCGGCAAAGAAGUCGGAUGGGAGUGUGGUGACUUGGGGUGAUUCAGAUCGGGGUGGAGACUCGAGUUCCGUGAGCAGCCAGUUGACUUCGGGUGCCAUCCAGGAGGCAAAAAAAUCACCACUGCGCUUCGACUGCUCGGGGGAGAAAGACUACAAUGAAGAGCUCCUUGAAACAAGCGUGAACGAGCCCCAGAAGGUUCAGCAGCCAGGUCAAAACUGGUUGCCGUAUCUCGAGAACAUGCGCGAAGAAGCGGACAGGAUCCAGCAGAAAACGACGGCGACGGUGGACAUCGUGGUGUUGAUACCAACCGCGCACGUGAGCAAGCUGCGCGAGACUCAUUGGAGCCGCUUGAAGCAGUUUAGAGUCCAGGUUGUGAAAGUGCCUUGGGAACUUCCCCCUGAGCUCUACUGGUGGCCGGACAAUUGGCAUCCAGGCAAAGUGGACGGCUGGUGCGGGCCGCAAGACUUGGUCCGCCUUCACACCACCGGCCUGGACUCCUUCGAUGCCGUAGCCUUCUACGACCAGGAUGUGGAGUUCCACGGAGCCCUGCUCUGCAGACUUUGUAGGAUCUUGAGCACCAUGAAGCUUCUUAUUGCAGGCUCCGAUGUUGGUUGCGUUCCGUCUCAGCUGUGCUCCGUUGCGCUUCCCUGGGCUAUUUCCUCAGCACUUCCGGUGGCGUCGGCGAGCCCCUCAAUAUCGGUUUCUUUGCGCUCCGGCCGGACCGGCGACUUCUUCGGGCCGCCGAGCUCUUUGCCUGGAACAUCACCUUCAACCGCACCAGCGGCUGGGGCGGGGGAGGUUUCAAGCCCGCUGGCGGCUACUUUGUGGGGGCAGAGUGUGGUCAGGGAUACUUCCACACGCUCUACUACCAUCGGAGCGAGAAGGCCGCACCAAACUCGUGCCAAGAAAGCACUGAAUGCUGCGGAAGUGCCUGCUUUCGAACAGCCGCAGGGGCUGAAGAUGCGGCAGAUUGACCAGUGCAUUUGGAACUAUCAGACAGGGAGCCAUUGCCCCUACAAGUUCGACUGCAACCUGGUGAAAGCCCACCACAAGCCCACCCAGAAGGAGCAUGGGCGCGAUUGUCCCAAGUUGAAGUACAGGAGCGCGACCACAACCACCACACCAGCAACACCCAAGGAGCCCAAGAGCUGCCAAGUGGUGCAAGUACAGAUUGGUGCCAGCUGCAAGUGCGGAGGCAUCUUUUCCAAGUCUGUGGAGGUGUCUGGUGCCAUCCAGGACUGCGAGCGCGCAUCCUGCAACAACAGCGGCGACCAGUUCAGCACCAUGACCUUUCCAAUCACUGGGGACAUUCGAAGCGCUGUGAGGGUGAGCUCCGGGUGUGGAUGCGAGUGUAAACGCCAUCUUGAUCGUGCUUCUUGCUUGCCUUGA